AUGGUCCAGAAUGGUAGUGUAUGGUUAGGAAUAGAGGAAAAUGGAGUGCUGGUCCAGAGAUUGGGAAGGUGUAGUAGACCUUGUGAAGGCCACGUGAUGGUGCAGGGAAAAUGGGAGAUUAUGGUAUUCACUGAACCCCGCACGACCACUGGAACCGGAUCUGAAUCGGAGGAAGGAGACAUCGGUGGAUUUCGGCAGCUUCAGAAAAGAAGUGGAGGAACUGAUUCAAAUUCGAGUGGUGGUUCUAAAUCGCGAAACUCGGGGUUUGAGAAUUGCGGAAUGUCUUUGAAACCGUCCUAUUCGGCGGAGAAUCUGAUGCUUCCGGUAUCGGAUCCUCCCAACGACGAAGACCGAGAGAGGCUUUUGAAGAGCGAUAAUAAAUCUAUACGAGGACGUAGGAUUUACGCUGCCAUCUCUUACAUGUCAUGUGCAGUGCUCUUGGUGCUGUUCAAUAAAGCUGCUCUUUCCUCAUAUCACUUCCCAUCUGCGAGUGUCGUCACGCUUCUUCAGAUGGUAUGUUCAUGUUGUUUUCUUUAUGUAUUGAGGCGCUGGAGGAUGAUUUCUUUCAUAGCAGGCGAAUCAGUAAUUAUGGUGUACAACUCAAAAAAGUUUGUGCCACUGAGGACUUUGAAGCACACUCUUCCUCUGGCAGGAGCAUAUUUACUUUACAUGUUAGUCACCAUGGAGUCUGUUCGUGGAGUAAAUGUCCCAAUGUACACCACCCUUAGGAGGACCACAGUGGUAUUUACAAUGCUUGUAGAAUUUAAGCUGGUGCGGCAGAGGUACAAAUCUUCUGUCAUUUUCAGUGUUGGCUUGAUUGUCUUUGGUGCAUUUAUUGCGGGAGCACGGGAUUUCUCCUUUGAUGCCUAUGGCUAUGCCAUUGUUUUCAUGUCCAACAUCGCCACAGCUAUAUAUCUUGCAACCAUAGCCCAUGUUGGCAAAACUAGUGGCCUUAAUAGCUUUGGCCUUAUGUGGUGCAAUGGUAUCAUCUGUGGGCCCUUUUUGCUUAUUUGGACAUUAGUACGGGGUGACUUGAAGAUGACACUCAAUUUUCCAUACCUUCUUUCACCUGGUUUUGUUGUUGUUUUGCUUUUUUCCUGUAUUCUUGCUUUCUUCCUGAAUUACAGUAUUUUUCUGAACACAACUCUCAAUUCAGCUCUGACACAGACAAUAUGUGGUAAUCUAAAGGAUCUAUUCACUAUUAGCUUUGGCUGGAUAAUUUUUGGUGGGCUCCCAUUUGAUCUUUGGAAUGUAGUAGGACAACUUCUGGGUUUUGUGGGCUCUGGUUUAUAUGCCUACUAUAAGCUCAUGGACAAAUAA